CCCUGUUUGCUCCUCCGAUAACUGGGUGACCUUGGUUAAUGUUCACUAGCCCCCCUCCCCGUCGCCCCAUCCGCAUCCACCGCUUAAAUACGGACGGGCACAGGGGCUCUGUCUCCUCAGCCUUGGUCACCGGCCCCGGCUCCGGGACAGUGAAUCGAAGAUGCCGUCCUCCAUCUCUUGGGGCCUCCUCCUGCUGGCAGGCCUGUGCUGCCUGGUCCCCAGCUCCCUGGCUGAGGCACCCCAGGGAGCAGCUGCCCAGGAGACAGACACCUCCAAGCAUGAGCAUGAGCACGACCACCCAGCCUCCCACAAGAUCGCCCCGAACCUGGCCGACUUUGCUUUCAGCCUGUACCGCAGCGUGGCUCACGAGCCCGCCAACACCAAUGUCUUCUUCUCGCCCGUGAGCAUUGCCGCUGCCUUGGCCCUGGUCUCCCUGGGGGCCAAGGGUGACACCGACAAACAGAUCCUCGAGGGCCUGCAGUUCAACCUCACGCGGAGGUCGGAGGCCGAGAUCCACGAGGGCUUCCAGCACCUGAUCCGCAGCCUCAACCAGCCGGACAACCAGCUCCAGCUGACCAUGGGCAACGGGCUGUUCCUCAACCAGAGUCUGAAGCUAGUGGAUAAGUUCUUGGACGAUGUCAAGAAGCUCUACCACUCAGAAGCCUUCUCUGUCAACUUCAGGGAUGCCGAAGCAACCAAGAAGGAGAUCAAUGCAUACGUGGAGAAGGGAACCCAAGGAAAAAUUGUGGAUUUGGUCAAAGAUCUUGACCAAAAUGCAGUUUUGGCUCUGGUGAAUUUUAUUUCCUUUAAAGGGAAGUGGGAGAAGCCCUUUGACCCUGAGCAAACCAAGGACGGGGAGUUCCACGUGGACGAGGAGACCACGGUCACCGUGCCCAUGAUGUCCCGCCUGGGCAUGUUUGACCUGCACCACUGUGACGAGCUCUCCAGCUGGGUGCUGCUGAUGGACUACUUGGGCAACGCCACGGCCUUCUUCAUCCUGCCCGACCCGGGGAAGCUGCAGCACCUGGAGGCCACGCUCACCAAGGAGCACCUCUCCAAGUCGCUGGAAAAGAGGUUCACCAGGUCUGCCAUUUUACAUUUUCCCAAACUGUCCAUUUCUGGAACUUAUGAUCUGAAACCAGUCCUGAGCAAACUGGGCAUCACCAAGGUCUUCAGCACUCAGGCUGACCUCUCGGGGAUCACGGAGGACGGGCCUGUGAUGCUCUCCAAGGGCAUACACAAGGCUGUGCUGAGCAUCGAUGAGAAGGGGACGGAAGCUGCGGGGGCCACCUUUGUAGAAGCCAUUCCCAUGUCUAUACCCCCCACAGUCAAGUUCGACAGCCCUUUCCUCGCCGUCAUCUACGAUAAAAAGACCAAGACUCCUCUCUUCGUAGGAAAGGUGACGAAUCCCACCCAAAAAUAGUUGCUUUUCCAGCUUCUGAACUACCCCCAAGCCUGACCUUCUCCCUCCAUGAACAAUAAAAAUGUUUAAUCUAGA